AUGUCCUUUGCCAAGGAGCCGAUAGCGGUCAUCGGGAGCUCCUGCCGAUUUCCCGGCGGUUCUGAUACCCCUUCCAAGCUCUGGGAACUUCUAAAAACCCCCACGGAUUUGCUUCGCAAGGUCCCAGAGAGCAGGUUCAACAUCAACGCUUUUUAUCACCCCGACCCGAUCCAUCAUGGAACAACCAACGUUCAAAGUUCCUAUUUUCUGGAUGAGAAUCCAGGGAAGUUUGACACAAAUUUCUUCGGUAUUCCUCCUAAAGAGGCAGAAAGCAUUGACCCCCAACAACGACUUCUGAUGGAAACCGUGUACGAUGCUCUAUGUGCGGCCGGUUUGCCCAUGGAGAGCUUACGUGGCUCUUCCACUGCAGUAUAUGUUGGCCUUAUGUGUGAUGACUGGUCCUCGAUGGUGCAGUCUGAAAUUGACGAGAUGCCUACGUAUACUGGAACAGGUGUGGCUCGUAGUAUCAUGUCAAACCGCCUAUCAUACUUCUUUGACUGGCACGGACCUUCCAUGACAAUUGAUACUGCCUGCUCAUCAAGUCUCGUUGCUGUUCACGAGGCUGUUCGUGUCCUACGCAGUGGGGAAUCAAAAGUGGCGGUUGCGGCGGGUGCAAAUCUUAUCCUGAGUCCUGGACAAUAUAUCGCCGAGAGUAAGCUGCGUAUGCUAUCCCCCACUGGAAGAUGCCAUAUGUGGGAUUCUUCUGCGGAUGGAUAUGCUCGUGGAGAGGGCAUUGCAUCAGUAGUUCUUAAACCACUGAGCCAGGCAUUGCAAGAUAAAGAUCACAUCGAAUGUAUCAUCAGGGAAACGGGUGUGAAUCAAGAUGGUCGUACCUCUGGCAUAACAGUGCCUAGCAGUGUUGCCCAGACCAGUUUGAUUCGAGACACCUAUGCACGAGCGGGACUUGACCUGAGUAAAGCCAGCGAUCGUCCCCAGUUUUUCCACGCUCAUGGAACGGGAACAAAGGCCGGCGAUCCCAAAGAGGCAGAGGCUAUUUACCAGGCCUUCUUCUCCGGAAGCCCAAACGCCGAGAAGCUGUACGUUGGCUCCAUCAAAACAGUGAUUGGUCACACUGAGGGCACAGCUGGACUGGCGAGCCUGAUAGGAACCUCCCUCGCCUUGCAGAAUGCGAUCGUUCCGCCAAAUAUGCACUUCAACAACCUCAACCCUGACAUCUCUCCGUUUUAUGACUCUCUUGAGGUCCCUGUUUCCGCAACAGAGUGGCCAGCUGUCCGGCCAGGACAAGUUCGAAGAGCGAGCGUUAACAGUUUCGGUUUCGGUGGAACGAACGCCCAUGCGAUUCUCGAGGAAUAUAUUCCAGAAACGGAUAGCACUCUCAACAACCUAGUGUCAACACUGUGUACACCACUUGUAUUCUCCGCAAACUCGACAGCUUCCCUCAAAGAUCUCCUUACACAUCACUUACAUUACCUUCAAGCACACCCCAACACUAACCUUCGGGAUCUGGCAUUUACACUUCAACAUCGCAGGUCUACACUGCCAUUCAGAAAGGCUAUUGUAGGCUCCACGGCGGAUUCUCUUUGCCAAAGCCUCGAGAAUUUGCUGGCCAGUACCGACCCUCAGCUCGAUACUCGCUAUUCCAAUUUUCCGAAACCUCGUAUCUUGGCGGUUUUUACCGGACAAGGAGCCCAGUGGCCGCGAAUGGGCGCUAUCUUGCUCGAAUCAUCCGAGUUUGUCCGAAACCGUUUUGCCAACCUGGACAGAUCGCUGCAAUGCCUUCCUGAAUCCGAGAGACCUAAAUGGACCAUUCAAGACCAGCUUCUGGCUUCAUCUUCAUCAUCUCGGGUCACUGAAGCGGCUAUCUCGCAACCCCUCUGCACUGCUGUGCAGAUUAUUUUGGUGGAUCUACUCCGAGCUGCCGACAUCCGCCUUCAUGUCGUUAUUGGCCACUCAUCCGGCGAAAUCGCAGCAGCUUACGCUGCUGGGCUUGUAUCCGCCCAUGAUGCCAUUCGUAUCGCAUAUUACCGUGGUUUCUAUGCCAGACUGGCAUCCUCUCGUAAUGGAUCUAAGGGCGCCAUGGCUGCCGUGGGCGCAUCUUUUGGAGAAGCUGAAGAUUUCUGUCAACGAGAAGAAGUGAAGGGUUGUAUUCAGGUUGCGGCUUAUAAUUCGUCAUCUAGCCUUACAUUGUCUGGUGACGAAGAGGCCAUCGACAAGGCAGUUGAGCUCUUCAAGAGCGAGCAAAAGUUCGCUCGCCGUUUGAAAGUGGAUACUGCAUAUCACUCGGUACACAUGGAGCCCUGCGCCCAACAUUAUCUCCAGGCUCUUCAAAGUUGCAAGAUAGAAAAAAUGGAGCCCAAUGAAGACCGGCCGACCUGGAUAUCGAGUGUGUUGAGCGGCAAUUCCAUGAAUGCUGCUAAUCUUCGAGAGGAAUACUGGGUAAGAAAUAUGGUUCAACCGGUUUUGUUUUCCUCGGCUGUGGAGACUGCUCUUGAAUACGGAGACCACUUUGAUGCCGCUAUAGAGAUUGGCCCCCAUGCCGCGCUUAAAGGGCCAGCUUUGGACACCUUGGCCGAGGCUGGCGUGCAUGUUCCCUACACAGGUAUUCUCUCACGCGGAAAGAAUGAUUUGGAGGAGUUUUCGGCUGCUCUAGGGUUUUUGUGGUCCCUUCUUGGUUCCAAUAUUGUGCAAUUCGACAAAUUUGAUCAAGUCUUCAACGUGGACAAUGGUCAUAAAUCACUCUUGAAGGACCUUCCUAGUUAUCCUUUCAUUCACCAAAAUACCUAUUGGGCAGAGUCUCGGGUUGUACGAGCCCAGAGACAACUCGCAAUACAACCUCAUCCGAUUUUGGGUAUGCCCUGCAUUGGAACUACAACAUCUACCGAGGCCCAGUGGAAAAAUAUCCUGAGGCCAUCGGAGAUCUCCUGGCUACAAGGGCACAAGCUUCAGGGUCAAAUUGUGUUCCCAGCUACUGGGUAUGUCGUGAUGGCGAUCGAGGCGAUCAGGAAGCUUGCAGGGGACAAGCAGAUUUCUCACCUCAGGAUUACGGACCUGAUCCUGGAGCGCGCUAUCGUUUUCAGUGAUGACAACACGAAUAUUGAAACCCUCUUCAGCCUCAAGAUUCAUCAGUCAGAAGACACUCUCAUCUCCGCAUACUUCACUUGUUUCUCGACGCCGCAGGGUGAUCAAUCUAUGGUGGCCAAUGUCAAAGGAAACGUCGAAGUCAAGUUCGGUGAAUGCUCAGCUGAUAUACUCCCUGCCCGCUUUCACUCUAGCGAUCACAAUCUGGUAGAUGUCGACAUUGACCGUUUUUACUCUGCACUGCGAAAGAUCGGAUAUGAGUACUCUGAGCCCUUCUGCGGCAUGGCGAACAUCGAGCGUAGAAUGGGAUUUGCUCGUGGAAAGUUGAUUGAUCAAGCUGAUUCAGGCUGGGAGGACCAGCUUAUGCUUCAUCCUGGCAUGCUGGACACAGCUUUGCAGACUCUAUUUGCUGCUUUCAGUUAUCCCGGAGAUGGAAGUUUGCGGUCCCUUCACGUCCCUAUUCGGAUUGACUCUCUUGAUUUCAAUCCUUUCUACUGCCUCAACGAACCAGAAAAGCAAUUGAUCGUUCCUUGGGAAACUACAGUCAGGGAUGAUGACUCUACCUCCAUCAAAGCCGACCUCCAAUUAUUCAGUGAGAAGGGUGAACAUCCCUUCUUGCAAGUUGAAGGUAUCAGUCUAAAGCCCUUUACCCCUCCAAGACCUGAGGAUGACACUACGCUAUUCUCAAAUUUUGAAUACCUGCUGGCUGGUCCUGAUGGUGAGCUUGCGUCUCGCGGCGAGCGACUGGAUGCAAAGAGCCUCCUAUUUGCAAAAGACAUGGAGCGACUAUCCUUCUAUUACAUUCGUCGUGUAUCUGAAAUGAGCCAAGAAGACCGCGGUAAAGCCCUUCCUCACUAUCAACAUUUGAUGAGCUGGGCAGAUUACAUUGUUGACAAGGUGGCUCGUGGAGAGCACCCUUGCGUUGAAAAGCACUGUAUUUCGGACACCCACGACCAGAUCCAGGACCUCACGGAUAGGUAUCGCGAUAAAGUCGAUGCACUACUUAUUGAGGCUACUGGAAAGAAUCUUCCCAAGGUCAUUCAAGAUGGCGAUAGUAUUCUUCAACACAUGACAAAGGAUGAUCUCCUUGGACGCUUCUACAAAGAGGGAGUCGGCCUUGAAGCUGCAAAUUGGUGGCUCGCGAACAUGGCGAAGCAGAUCAGUCAUCGAUACCCCCGGAUGAAGGUUUUGGAGAUAGGUGCUGGUACCGGUGGUUCUACCCAGGCGAUUUUGCCAAGGCUAGGAUCUGCCUUCUCAACCUAUACAUACACCGAUAUUUCCAGUGGAUUCUUUGAAGAGGCCGAAGAAAAGUUCAAGGAGUACGCAAACCGCAUGAUAUUCAAGACUUUCGAUAUGCAGCGAGCUCCAGCGGAACAAGGCUUUGAAGAAGGGACUUAUGAUAUGGUGCUGGCGUCGAACGUACUUCACGUCGCUGACCCUCUGGAGACUAUGAUGACAAACGUUCGUCGGCUACUGAAACCUGGAGGAUAUCUUGUUAAUCUUGAGACCGUCACAAACGAGAUUCUUCGCAACGGAGUUAUCAUGGGCGGCCUUCCUGGAUGGUGGAUUGCAGCUAAUAGUGGUCGACCUCACGGCCCAAUGCUUAGUCUAGACCACUGGGAUUCGCUUCUGAAGAAGUGUCAAUUUGGCGGAAUUGAGACAUCCACUCCUAUCUAUGAUCAACUUCACGCAGUUGCAGUCUGGGCUGCGCAGGCAGUGGACGACCGUCUGGAAACUCUCCGAAGUCCAACGACUGCUCUGACAGACUGUCACACUGCCAACUUCCCCCUUUGGUCAUCAUUGGAGGAGACUCAAUUGCCUCUUUUGAGCUCGUGGAAGAGAACCUCAAUUCCCAACGGCGCUACUGUUCUCAGUUUGUCCGAGCUGGAUGUGCCUUUGAUGAAAGAUCCCACUGAAGGAAAGAUGGAUGGAUUGAAGUUCAUGUGGAAAUAUGCGAAGAAUAUCUUAUGGGUAUCUUUAGGUGCGCGGACCGCACAGCCGUACUCAUACAUGAUGUUCGGUAUUGGCCGAGUGGUUAAAUUCGAGCAGCCUCAUAUGAACCUGCAGUUCCUGGAUAUCGAUGUCUUGGGAGCAGAUUCCGUCUCUCUUAUCUCAAAAACACUCCUGAGACACCAGCUUAUUGACGAAUAUUCACGUGGAGGCAAUGUUGACGAUAUUCUCUGGUCUUCUGAGCCCGAAAUUUUCAUCGAAAGCGGACAGAUGCUCAUUCCUCGUUUGUACCUCAACUCAAAGCAGAAUCUUCGGGCCAAUUCUUCGCGACGUGCUAUUUUUGAGAAUGUCGAUCCUGCAUUGACAAAUGUGAAGGUAGUCGACAACGGCUCUUCAUUCCAGCUUGAAGAGUUUUCUCCAUUGAGAAUAUCCAGACGGAACUCCAAGAAACCCCCUGCUGUGAUGAUACGUAUUAAUCAGUCUCUAUUGCAAUUCAUCAGAAUUCAAUCCAUCGGUUCAUUCAUGCUAUGCAUUGGAACGAAGGAAGAUGACUCCGGUUCUACUGUCAUCGCUCUUGCUCAAGCCUCAGAGUCGCCGAUCCUAGUUGAGCCCCAUUUGUUAAUUGACAUUCCACCUUCCUUCAAAUUUGGCCAAAUGGCCCUGCUUUCUGUUGCAGCCAAGCUUGUUGCUCGGGCAGUUGUUUCCAUGGCCCCUGAAGCAACCACAGUUCUUGUUCACGAAGCAGACAACUUAAUGAAAGCGGCAAUUUCUCAGGAAACUGUCAUUGCUAAAGUCCACAGCAAAUUUACAACGUGCUGCCGACAAAACUGCGGAGAUGGUCAAAACCUGCUUCAUUGUGCUCUCCCGGCUCGACUCCUCAAGAGACAGAUUCCCCGCGACACAUCCGUGUUUGUUAACUUCUCAUCGCCUAAUGGGGCCGAUGCUGAGCUGACAAAAUCUAUGGAAUCUUGUCUUCCCUCUCAUUGUGUGAAGACGGGAACAGAUUCUUUCUUCACAAGUGAGCUAUAUAGUGUUCCUGGGUCCGAUUCAUCUCAGCUCGGAAAGCUGCUUCAGAAUGUUUGGAAGUCUAUUAAGACAAACAGCCUACCUGUCGGCUCUCCAAAGUCCAUUGCUUUGAACGAGAUACAGAAUUACUGUCCAGCGAGGGAACCACUUCGGGCCAUUGACUGGAAUGUUCGAAGCGUUCAACUUCGUCUCCGGCCCGUCGAUAACGAAAAGAUAUUCCGUUCCGAUAAAACAUAUCUAUUGAUUGGUCUUGCCGGAGAGGUUGGACAAUCGCUCUGCCAAUGGAUGGCAAGGUGUGGCGCUGGGUGCGUUGUGCUUACGAGCAGAAAUCCCACCGUUGACGAAAACUUCGUCCGCUCCGUUGGACAGAGUGGCGCCAGCGUUAGGGUCAUAUCAUUGGAUAUUACAAGUCGGGACUCCCUUCAAAGAUGCCUUGAUGAAAUCAAACACAGCAUGAAUCGGGUAUUAAGGCCUAAGGUUGAAGGCUGCAAGAUUCUCGAUGAAGUUUUCCACGAUGAACCCUUGGAAUUCUUUGUUAUGUUCUCCUCACUGACUGCGUGUCUUGGAAAUGGUGCCCAGAGCAACUAUGCGGCCGCUAAUAUGUUCAUGACGGCCCUCGCAUACCAACGACGGAAACGCGGUGCCGCUGCAUCAGUGAUAGAUCUCAGCGCGCUCAUGGGAAUUGGAUAUGUUGGUCGGUCUGAGACCUUCGAUUCUGAUUAUUUUGCAGCCCUCGGUGCCGCCAGCUUGUCGGAGUCGGAUCUUCAUCAGAUUUUCGCCGAAGCCGUCAAGGUCGGUAGAGCUGACUCUGUUGAAUCUCCAGAGGUCGUCACCGGUAUAAGUCCUUCUUUUGCAGGCGAGCUGAUCAAGGACCAAUAUCGCUCCGAGUUGAAGUUCUCUCACCUCAUGUUCGAGCGAAUUAAUACCCAGGAAGGAACCCGCAUGGCUUCAACUGUUUCUGUCCGAGCCCAGCUCAAGGAAGUCAAAUCCUUUGACCAGGUUCCGAGCAUCCUGAAAAAUGCCUUCAUUGCGCGUGUGAAGAAACUACUCCAGAUUCCGUUGGAUGAGGUCGUCGAUGAAACCAAUGUCCUCGUCGAAUUGGGUGUUGAUUCUUUGAUCGCAAUUGAUAUCAGAACAUGGUUCUUGAAGGAACUUGAAGUUGACCUGCCCGUUCUCAAAAUUCUAGGGGGUAGUACUAUCAGUGGUUUGAUCAAUGACAGCAUCGAGAAGAUCCCAAGCACAAUCAUUGACCUUCAGCAUCUGUCUUCCAAGGCUCAGCUUGACUCAGGGCCAAUUCCUGUCGUUAUAGCGACCCCGCUAGAGACCCUAGAAAGGACCCAAGAAGCUAGAGGCAAAGAUGCUUUGCAAGACUUCACUCCGCUAUCGUCUGAUGCAUCGGCACCUCAAAUGAUUGGUACCCCGUCCAAUGUCAGCACAUUUGGUGAUACGACAGAUUUAUCUUCAGUUGACAACAGCUGGCGCGAGAAUCUCAUUGAGUCUUCCACUGAAGCGACUGAGCAUAUGUCAUUUGGUCAAACAAGAUUCUGGUACUUGCACCACGCACUGGAGGAUAAAACGACCUUCAACGUCGCUCUUUCUAUCCGCCUGACUGGUCUUAUCCACGCUGAGAACCUCGGAAAGGCACUUGAGCGAGUCGGCGAACGGCACGAGGCCAUGCGCACCCGCUACUUCUGGUCAGGCGAGCAUGAAGACAUACCCACGCAGGGAAUACUUUCCACCCCCCUAGUGCGACUAGAGAAGAAGCGGAUCUUUCAGAGAUCCGAGGCACAAAAGGUCCUAGACGAGAUACGCGAUUAUCGCUGGGAUCUUGGCGACUGGGAAGCCAUGCAAUUCGUUCUCGUAACGUUGUCUGACACUGAGCACUGGCUGAUUGUCGGUUGUCAUCAUAUCACCCUUGAUGGCGUGAGCAUCCAAAUCAUUUUUGCCGACCUUGAAAAGGCUUAUCUUGGAGUCAAUUUGUCGCCUCUCCCUGAAAAGUCGCAAUACCGAUACCUCGCAGUACAACAGCGCCAGGACUAUGAAAUGGGGCUUUUCCAGAAAAGCAUCGAUUUCUACAAAAAAUGCAUUCCCAGGGAUGUUCAGCCAAUCGAUCUGUUUCCGUUUGCAAAGAUUCAAGUGAGGAAGCUACAGAAGUCCUAUCGUUCCUCUCGCGCUGAUAUCCGACUUCAACCCGAAGAAACCGCUCUGAUCAAACAGGUUGCUCGGCAAAAUCACUCAACCAAUUUCCACUUGUACACGGCUGUUCUCCAAGUCUUACUGUUCCGUCUCCUCCCGGAUAUGGACGAGCUGUUCAUUGGUAUCGCCGAUGCCAAUCGUACUAGCCAGGAGGUCCUGGAGACCGUGGGUUUCUUUCUGAACCUGUUGCCUAUUCGACUUGACAGGGCUUCUACGAAUUCGAAAUUUGGUAACGUAGUGAAGAAUGUCAGAAAUAAGGUCUAUGGCUCUCUUGAGCAUUCUGGUCUCCCAUUUGACUUGCUUCUCAAUGAGCUGGGAAUUGAUCGGUCGGCAAAUGCGCCGCCAGUCUUCCAAGUGUUCGUUGAUUACCGCCAGGGCACACAGGAACGAGCCAAGUUCGCCGAUUGUAAGGCUGAGGGUGAGCAGUGGUAUCACCCCCGCACUGGCUAUGAUGUCUCUUUCGAUAUCCUCGAGAACACCGCCGGUGACACUCUGCUCACAUUACAAUUGCAAGAAUCUCUGUACAGCCAAGAGCACACGGAUCUCCUGCUUAGGGCUUAUGUUAAUCUCCUCAAGUCGUUCACAAAAACUCCCGGGGUGGAUGUGUCGGUGAAAUCUCCACCAGUCUGGACAAAUGAAGAUGUCUCUAAGGCACUACAAGCUGGAACAGGACCUGCAAACGCUCUUCAGUGGCCCCAGACCGUUGUUCAUCGAAUCGAUGACAUGAUUCGCCUCCGUGGAUCAAGUCCUGCUGUGAAAGAUGGCAGCGGCAAGACUCUUACAUUCGAGGAGUUUGGACGUCGCAUCGAUGGUAUUUCGCAAAGUCUAGCAAAGGCGGGAAUAUCCAAAGGAUCAGUCGUGGGUGUACUUCAAGAGCCCAGCACAGAUUGGAUCUGCUCAAUGCUUGCUGUAUUCCGAGUUGAUGCUACUUACCUUCCUCUUGACCUUCGCAACUCAAUCCAUCGAAUUCAAAGCGCAGUGAAGGCCGCGAAACCCAACGUGUUCAUCAUUGACGAGAUGACGAAAGCAACUAUUGAGGCUGUCAACGCUACCGAUGCCACUGUUAUUGACAUUUCCCAAGUUGCGACCAGACCCGAAGGAGCCGAUCGGACACCAAACUUGGCUUCAGCUGACUCGGUCGCUGUCAUUUUGUUUACCAGCGGAACCACCUCAGAGCCUAAGGGCAUCUUGAUCAAGCACUCUAAUCUGGUGGCCCAAAAUGAAGGCUUCACACAGCAGCUCGAUAUUGAAAAUGGCGCUGUAUCGAUGGUUCUGCAGCAAAGUGCUUUUAGCUUCGACUUCUCACUGGAACAAACAUUCGUGGCACUUUGCAACGGAGGGUGUCUUUUGGUGGUCCCUUCCUCUGUUCGAGGUGACCCUGAAGAACUAACAAAGCUGAUGAAAGAGCAAAGGGUCUCUUACGUAUCUGGCACGCCAUCCGAGUACGAAAUGUGGUUCCGCUUUGCAGAGGAAAAUCUGCAGAGCUGCUCUAACUGGAAAUAUGCCUUUUUCGGUGGUGAGCGUUUCUCCGACCGUUUCGUCCAGUACUUCCGAAAGCUUGCGCUACCUUCGCUGCGGAUAUUCAACAACUACGGCCCUGGUGAAACGACAAUCGCGUGUACCUCGCGUGGAGAGAUCGCCUACCGUGAAAUUAAUCUGACAUACCCGCUGCCCGUUGGAUUUGCUGCACCAAACUACGCGCUCUAUAUCGUUGAUGAGCAGCUCAAGCCAUUGCCCAUCGGCGUGCCAGGAGAAGUUGUUGUCGGUGGUGCUGGUGUCUCAGCUGGAUACCUUGGCCUGGAUUCUGUUACGCGGCAAAAGUUCAUUCCAUCGUCUUUUGCUGAGGUCAGUGGAAACUUCCUUGCCAACAAAUGGCAGACUGUUUACCGCACGGGAGAUCGUGGUUUCCUGCGAGAUGACGGAGCCUUAUUCCUCACGGGUCGUAUGGAUGGCGAUACUCAAGUCAAGCUCCGAGGUUUCAGAAUUGAACUUGCGGAAAUUGAAGCAGCUCUGAUCAAGGCUUCCGAAGGAACCUUGACACAUGCUGUAGUGACGCUGAGAGAGGAGAGUGAAGAAAAUUUCAUUGCUGCACACGUGGUUUUCUCGUACAACCACCAGCAAAUUGACAAACAGGAGUUCCUCAAUCAGCUUCAGGCAACACUUCCUGUUCCUGAUUAUAUGCGCCCUGCGGUGCUCAUUCCCUUGGAGGAGAUUCCGUUAACCGCACACUCCAAGGUUAACCGCUCCGCAAUCCAAGCUUUGCCAUUGGACUCAACAUGCAUCGUGGCCCACAAAUCCCUUGAUCGAGAGUUGACUGAGCGGGAACUGAAAAUCGAAGGCCUUUGGAGGAAUGUUCUGCCUGUAGCUGAUACGCGAGCAAUUACUCCUACUACCAACUUUUUCCACGUCGGAGGAAGCUCAUUGCUACUGGUUAAGCUACAAAGGUUGAUCAAGAAUCAAUUCAAAGCCGCACCAAAGUUGAAUGAGCUUAUGAAUGCUGGCCGGCUGGUUGAUAUGGCGUCUUUGAUUGAAGCAAACUUGUCGUCUUGUAUUGACUGGGAUGCAGAGAUAUCUGUUCCAGAAGCAUGGGCAACCGAGUUCUCGAGAAUUGAAGAACCCAAGCCCCAAUCCGUCCAGGAAGGAAUCCGUGUUCUUUUGACUGGUGCAACAGGGUAUCUUGGAAGACAUCUGCUGCCAUCGCUCAUAAAGGCAAACAAAGUGUCGAGGAUCUUCUGUCUUGUGCGUCUCGGGACUGAUAUGGACGCAGUAGCAGCAUCAUCUGAGAAGAUCUCCAUUUUCGCCGGAGACCUCGCAGAAAAAGACUUGGGACUGAGUAGAUCAGAAUUCGACUACCUCGCUUCCGAAACAGAUGUUAUUUUGCACUUUGCUGCAAAUAGGUCAUUCUGGGAUGACUAUGAAGUCUUGCGAAGUGUCAAUUUUCUUUCUGUGAAAGAAAUGGCAAGACUGGCUCUCCGUCGUCGCAUUCCCAUCCACUUCCUUUCGUCCGGUGCGAUUCUGAUCUAUGAAGAUCAAGCCGUGCGGAGUCUAUAUGAGAAAGAUGCUAGCAAUAGCGAGCCUCUGCCUCUGAUGCCUCCUGAUGAUGGCAGCGACGGCUAUGUUGCAUCGAAAUGGGCAGCCGACCGCUUCUUGAGAAAGGUCGCAGAGCAGUUCCAGCUUCCUGUCACUCUGCACCGACCAGUACCCGUGCCUGGAUUUAGACCUGACCCAAGCCUUGCCGUACCCGAACCCGAUGAAAUGGUCAACCAGCUCGUGGAGGUGGUCAAGACUUUGAAUAUUCGACCGGCAAUGAAUGAACUUGAUGGCUGGGCGGACAUCAUUCCAAUGCAUUUCGCCGUUGAGCACAUUUGCGAUACCGUUUUUGCUCAGCAUGAUAGGAGUUCUGCACUAAACAUAGUGGACCAUCCUGCUGAGAGACGAAUCAAUUGGCAGCGAUUCAUCGAGGCACUCACGACCGACCAGCAGCUAAAUGAGCUUCCUUCUAUGCCAACGUUGUUAUGGAUUGGGGAGGCCAAGCGAUCAGGCUUCAGUUAUUUCAUGCCGUCUCAUCGUCUUAUCGUGGUGAGCGACAAAGGUGACAUGGUGUCUCGGCGUUGA